AUUAUGGGUGGGGCCAUGUUGUGAUGUCAAUACAGGUUGGACGUGCUGGGAACAGGUGUGCAGUUUACACAGACCAGAGUGCUCUCACUCUGCCAGCUGCCAGCAUUCACGGAUUACUCUCGUUCCCCUGAGCAUUUGGGGGGUUAAAUAAGGGCUAACGAUGGCCAACUUUAAAGGACAUGCCCUUCCUGGCACCUUUUUCCUGUUGUACGGCUUUUGGCUAACAGUGAAACACACCCUCCGGCACAACUGGAGGACGAGUAAACCCAACGGACGACAGACCGUGCCGCCUUUCUCAAAAAAAAUGGACUACAUCGAGGGAGGAUUCACAAUCCUUGCUUCCUUUGUGGGUAUUAUAGCUGAACAGUUUGUGGUGGACGGGCCACACGCCCGCCUGUACGACACAGAGCACAAGGCUUGGGUCAAGCUGAUGAACUGGCAGCACGGCACAAUGUACCUGUUCUUUGGGAUUUCUGGAAUGACAUUGGUGACCAGUACAAAGUCCAAACUGGUGCCACCUGGUGUUGACCGCCUUGCGCUCGCCUUGGCUCUUUUCGUUGAAGGGUUUCUGUUCUAUUACCACGUCCACAGUCGGCCCCCUCUGGAUGCCCACAUCCACUCCCUGCUGCUCGUGGCUGUGUUUGGUGGUUCGGCCAGUAACAUGCUGGAGGUGUUCGUAAGAGACAACAUCGUUUUGGAGCUGCUCGGGGCAUGCCUGUUCAUCCUGCAGGGCUCAUGGUUCUACCAGAUUGGAUUUGUACUAUACCCAUUGAAUGGAAUCGAGUGGGACCUGGAAAUGCACGAUAACAUCAUGUUCGUCACCAUGUGCUUCUGCUGGCACUUGGCCGUCGCCCUGCUGUUGGUCGCCUGCACCUCCUCUGUGGUUUGGUUCACUGUGAAGCGAUUCUCUGGAAGGUCACAGGACAUAGAGAUCGGAAUGCGAAAUACAUCUUCCAAAACCAGCUGCCAGAAAGCUCUGCUUGAAGAGUCAGAUGAAGAGUGAAUGCUUCAUGAUUCUUCAUUUUCAAUUUUAUUUUCUGUGUUGAUGGUCUGUGUGAAAGACCAAGCUGCUGUUUUGUAAUUUAGAUUUUCUUUUUGUUAAAAUAAAACAUCUAUUUAGACUUGA